GUUUUGUCCACGUUUCGCGGCACAGUUUCUGUUUGAGUCUUUUUACAGAACACGUACGUAAAAAGCAGAAGUGAUGAACUUGACGUGAACGUCAGGACAGUGUUGAGGCAGCUCUACUGUAUGUGACAGGAUAGAGAUGCUGACCUCAUCUUAACAGCGAACAGAGCUCGCCGUCCCCGGACCAGCCGAGACAGGACAGCGGGAAACGGGAUCGGACCGAUGAUGGCUGGCAAGCCGCAGAGAACCGCGGCUCCUGCCGCCGCCGCCGACUCGGCGGAGGCCAAAAGGACGGACCUCAGAGCCACCGCCAAGAAGUGCUCUUGGGCCUCCUACAUGACCAAUUCUCCAACUGUGAUCGUGAUGAUUGGGUUACCCGCUAGAGGAAAAACCUACAUGUCCAAGAAGCUGACGCGCUACCUCAACUGGAUUGGAGUGCCAACUAAGGUAUUUAACCUGGGAGUGUACAGGCGGGAAGCGGUGCAGGCGUACAAGUCCUACGACUUCUUCAGACAUGACAACAAAGAAGCGAUGGAAAUCAGAAAACAGUGUGCUCUGGUGGCGCUCGAGGAUGUCAAGGCCUAUCUGGAAGAGGAGGGAGGCCAAAUCGCUGUUUUUGAUGCCACCAACACCACCAGAGAGAGGAGGGAACUCAUCCUUAACUUUGCUCAGGAUAAUUCAUACAAGGUGUUUUUCGUUGAAUCGUUAUGUGACGAUCCCGAAGUCAUCGCGACGAAUAUCCUGGACGUGAAGGUGUCCAGCCCCGAUUACCCCGAGAGGGACAGAGAAAGUGUCAUGGAGGAUUUCCUGAAGCGAAUAGAAUGUUAUAAAGUCACCUACAAACCGCUGGAUCCGGACGAACACGACAAGAACCUCUCCUUCAUCCAGGUCAUCAAUGUCGGCCGCCGUUUCCUGGUCAACAAGGUGCAGGACUACAUCCAAAGUAAAAUAGUGUACUACCUCAUGAACAUCCACGUGCACUCCCACUCCAUCUACCUGUGUCGGCACGGAGAGAGCCAUCACAAUGUGGAGGGGCGCAUCGGGGGAGACUCGGAGCUGUCCGAGAGAGGGAGACAGUUUUCCACAGCGCUGAAGGGUUUCGUUCACGAGCACCAUCUGGCGGACCUGAAGGUUUGGACGAGUCAGCUGCGACGCACCAUCCAGACGGCGGAGGAGCUGGGCGUUCCCUACGAGCAGUGGAAGAUCCUGAAUGAAAUCGAUGCUGGAGUGUGCGAAGAAUUGUCCUAUGAAACUAUUGAGGAGACGUACCCAGAGGAGUUCGCCAUGAGGACCCAGGACAAGUACCACUACCGCUACCCGGGAGGAGAGUCCUACCAGGACCUGGUUCAGCGGCUGGAGCCGGUCAUCAUGGAGCUGGAGCGGCAGGGCAACGUGCUGGUCAUCUGUCAUCAGGCCGUCAUGCGCUGUUUGCUCGCCUACUUCCUGGACAAGAGUGCAGAUGAUCUCCCCUACCUGAAGUGUUCCCUGCACACUGUCCUGAAACUGACCCCCGUUGCUUACGGUUGUAAAGUGGACAUGUUUGACCUGAAGGUCGAGGCCGUCAACACUCACAGGGACAGACCAUUAAAUGCCGUGCGGCCGGCGUUCAUCCGACGGAACAGCUUCACGCCGCUGUCCAGCCAAGACCAGCUGAAACGACCUCGCCUUUACAGCGUGGGCAACCCUCCACACGCUCGCAUGUCCCAGGCCCCUACUUUUCCCAGCAUGCAGUUCUCCGAGGUGUCCGAAGGGGCGGAGAUGCUACAGAGCGAGGACUCUGCGGACACAGGCGACCGUGUUCGGAGUUAGAGGACCACAGAAAGAGGCGUUACUCCACACGGAUGUGCCACCAGUUCUGAGGACCAGCAGUAAAAAUGCACAUUCUUAAACGCUGUUUACGUGCACGCAUAUAUGUGUUACCUCUUUGGUUUCAGUUGGGUAGUUUAUGUGUGUGUGGGCGCGUACAUACAUGAACUCAAUGCCUUUGCACAAAAGUCUUCAUAUCAAGGCUGCAAUCCAGCUCAUACAUAUAUAGAUAUUUAUUUUUAUAUAUAUGUGUGUAUAUAUAAUAUAUAUACACAAAUGUAGAGAUUUAUAUGAAGUAGAAACUCUGAAAAGCCGUCCACUCGUCACUUGUACACUCCACACACUGUAGUCUCCGGUCCUAUUAUGCUUAUUAGAUGUAGAACACGUUGAUUGUGGAAGCUACUAGCUUUUUAGGUUUAGCGGAAGCCAUGUUCAGCCUUCGUUUCUCCUCAGAUUCUUUCUUUAAGUUUCCUAUUUAACAUUCCCAGAUGACGUGCAUCCUUUCUCGGGGUGGUCUGACAAGGUGUGGUGCUCGUUUUAUUUUGAAGUGUAAUUUAAAGCUUAUUAUGCUUGAAGCAGGCAGAGACACGGGCUGUAACGAGUGAUGAAAUGUUCGGUCGAGCCUUGUACAAUAUGUCAGCGGCCACUGUGCUUAUUUCCUCUGACAAUUAUUCUGUUCUUCAUUUGUGUUUUGCCUUGAAAGAACAACUUUAGUAUUUUUAGCUGUCCACUUUGUUAAUGUCAAAGUGUGUGUGUGUGUGUGUGGGGGGACAUUUGGGUUCCAUAAAACGGAUGCAAAUAUUUCAAACACAUAUAUGCAUUUUAAUUCUUUGUAGCUCAAACUAAAUCAAUCGUGUACUCCUGAUGCAACACUUCACAUGUUUGUUAAUUAGUACUUUCAUAGUAACCGCAUGGAUAACAUCCAUUCACUUUGAUUAGGAUAUCAGCAAUAAAUCAAUAUUUGGAAAAAGUGCCUUCAUUUAAAAAGAACUACAAGGCUGUGACAACCGGAUCGAAUGUCUUAAAAAAAAAAAAAAAUGAGCUUUAAUUUCACUGCACACUGUACAGUUCACGUUAAUAAAAUGAAUUUGAUCGCAA